UGCGCGCAGACCGGCUCGGCGGGCUGCGAUUGGGCGAAGGGCGGUGAUUCCUUCUGUCACGAUUUGGGUCGCUCCCACCGGAGGACACCGACCACCGGAGCCCAGCCUGUCCAGAGGUGGUGCUGAGAGGGGAGACGCGGUGUCCACCGGGGGAGGAGAGGGACUUGAGUUCUUUUUCUUUUCUUUUUUUUUUUUUCCCCCUUCUGUCUCGGUGAAGAGGAGAGGAGAUCCAACAGUGCUGCUUUUUUUUCCUCCUCCUUCUUCAUUUUUCCAUCCUAUCAGGGCUGCGGUGAAAGUGGUUCACGAUGCCGGUGUUUCACACCAAGACCAUCGAGAGCAUCCUGGAGCCGGUGGCCCAGCAGAUCUCCCACCUGGUCAUCAUGCACGAGGAGGGGGAGGUGGACGGGAAAGCCAUCCCGGAUCUGUCGGUGCCGGUGGCCGCGGUGCAGGCGGCUGUCAGCAACCUUGUCCGGGUGGGGAAGGAAACGGUUCAAACCACAGAGGACCAGGUGAUGAAGAGAGACAUGCCUCCUGCUUUUAUUAAGGUGGAGAACUCCAGCUCCAAGCUCGUCCAGGCGGCUCAGAUGCUCAAAGCGGAUCCAUACUCCGUCCCUGCCAGGGAUUACCUGAUCGAUGGGUCCAGAGGGAUACUGUCUGGAACAUCCGAUCUGCUCCUCACCUUUGACGAAGCAGAGGUGGAUGACCAAAAUGUCAAAGCUGAUCGAGGAGAGGCAGCAGGAGCUGACGCACCAGGAACACCGGCAGAUGCUCAUCAACUCCAUGAACACCAUCAAGGAGCUGCUGCCCGUCCUCAUCUCAGCCAUAAAGAUUUUCGUUGCGACAAAGAGCAGUCGAGGAGCCGGCGUUGAAGAGGCAGAGAGGAACAGGAGGUUCACUUUUGAGAAGAUGAGCGCAGAAAUCAACGAGAUCAUCAGAGUCUUACAGCUCACCACCUGGGAUGAAGACGCCUGGGCCAAUAAGAAGGAUAUGGAGGCUUUGAAGAGAUCUCUGGCUUUGAUUGAGUCAAAGUUGGGACAAGCUAAAAGCUGGCUCAAAGACCCUCAUGGACAACCAGGAGACGCCGGUGAGGUGGCCCUGCGUGUGAUCCUGGACGAAGCUGGGAAGGUGGGAGAGCUGUGUGCUGGGAAGGAGAGAAAAGACAUACUGGCGACCUCUAAAGCUCUGGGACAGAUGACUGACCAGAUUGCAGAUCUACGAGUCAGGGGCCAGGGGCCAACACCGGGUUGUGUGCAGCGUGCAGGCCAGUGCUCGCAGGGCUUAGAUUUGUUGUUUGGCAAAGUGGACAGCGCUGCCCACAGACUGGAGGCUCUAAUCAAUGCCAAGCAGGCCAUUGCUAGAAGGCUGGAUGCUGCACAGGUGUGGCUGGCAGAUCCUAAUGGUGGUCCUGAAGGAGAGGAGAACAUCCGAGCACUUCUAGCAGAGGCCAAACGCAURGCUGAUCUUUGUGAAGAUCCCAAAGAGCGAGACGACAUCCUGCGCUCCAUAAAUGAGAUAGCAGGGCUCACGGCCCGGCUUGUGGAGCUACGCAAACAGGGUAAAGGUGACAGCCCAGAGGCCCGUGCAUUGGCAAAGCAGAUCGGAGCGGCGCUUCUGACGCUGCAGUCCAAAACCAGUCGUGCUGUGGCCAACAUGAGACCAGCAAAACCCGCUGUCACUUUGGAGGGGAAGAUGGAGCAGGCCCUGCGCUGGGUAAACAACCCAGGGGUGGACGACAGAGGUGUAGGCCAGGCCGCSAUAAGAGGGAUGGUUGGGGAAGGGAAGAGGCUGGCAGGAGGCCUGUUAGGCCCGUAUCGACAGGACAUGGUCGGGCGCUGCGACCGAACAGAAGCACUGAUGAAUGCUUUGGCGGACAUGGCGAGCCGAGGAGAGGCUGAGGCUCCUCACGCACGAGCUACAGCAGCACAGCUGCAGGACACKCUCAAGGACUUGAGGCAGCACAUGCAGGAGGUGAUGACCCAGGAGGUAUCRGAUGUUUUCAGCGACACCACCACYCCCAUCAAGCUGCUGGCGGUGGCUGCAACAGCUCCUCCCGACGCCCCAAACAGAGAGGAGGUCUUUGACGAGCGCGCAGGGAACUUUGAGACCCACGCAGGCCGGCUGGGAGCGACCGCGGAGAAGGCCGCCGCCGUGGGGACGGCUAAUAAAAGCACGGUAGAGGGCAUUCAUGCUGCUGUGAAACACGCCAGGGAGCUGACACCACAGGUGACGUCCGCUGCUCGGAUCUUGUUGAAGAAUCCCGGAAACAAGGCGGCGUACGAACACUUUGACACCAUGAAGAACCAGUGGAUUGACAAUGUGGAAAGACUGACAGGUUUGGUCGACGAAGCCAUAGACACCAAGUCUCUGUUGGAUGCUUCCGAGGAGGCCAUAAAGAAAGACAUCGACAAGUGUAGAGUAGCCAUGGCAAACGUCCAGCCCCAGAUGCUCGUGGCCGGGGCGACGAGCAUAGCAAGACGAGCAAACCGGGUCCUCCUGGUGGCUAAGAGAGAAGUUGAGAACUCUGAAGAUCCGCGAUUCAGAGACARGGUGAAACAUGCCUCGGACAUCCUCUCACACACCAUCUCCCCCAUGGUGAUGGAUGCCAAGGCGGUGGCUGGGAACAUACAAGAUAAAGCUCUGCAGAAAGCAUACUUGGACUCGUGUCUGAGGAUCCUGGCUGCAGUUGGGAAAGUUAGAGAAGCCUUCCAGCCUCAGGAACCAGACUUCCCUCCUCCUCCUCCUGACCUGGACCAGCUCCACGUCAGCGACGAGCAAGCGCCACCGAAACCCCCCUUGCCGGAGGGCGAGGUGCCUCCGCCUCGGCCCCCGCCCCCCGAGGAGAAAGACGAGGAGUUCCCGGAGCAGAAGGCCGGCGAGGUGCUCAGUGAGCCCAUGAUGGUGGCGGCUAGGCAGCUGCACGACGAGGCUCGCAAGUGGUCCAGCAAGCCUGAGGAUGAGGAGGCAGUUGAGGAGAGGGAGGUAGAUGAUGAAGAUGAGUUUACUGAUGGUGAGGAUGACUAUGAGCCAGAGCUGCUGAUGAUGCCCUCCAACCAGCCAGUUAAUCAGCCCAUUCUGGCAGCUGCCCAGUCUCUCCACCAGGAGGCCCGCAAGUGGUCCAGCAAGGGUAAUGACAUCAUCGCCGCAGCCAAGCGAAUGGCCCUGCUGAUGGCUGAAAUGUCUCGUCUCGUGCGCGGCGGGAGCGGAAACAAACGCGCGCUGAUUCAGUGCGCGAAGGACAUCGCCAAGGCGUCGGAUGAGGUGACGAGGUUGGCUAAAGAAGUGGCCAAGCAGUGCACCGACAGACGCAUCCGGACCAACCUACUGCAGGUCUGUGAACGGAUCCCUACUAUCAGCACUCAGCUUAAGAUCCUUUCUACAGUCAAAGCCACCAUGUUGGGACGAACAAACAUUAGUGAAGAGGAGUCAGAGCAGGCCACAGAGAUGUUGGUCCACAACGCCCAGAAUCUGAUGCAGUCGGUAAAAGAGACGGUCAGAGAAGCAGAGGCAGCUUCCAUCAAGAUUCGUACAGAUGCAGGAUUCACCCUYCGAUGGGUGCGGAAGACCCCCUGGUACCAAUGAACAUAAACCUGAACCUGGUACCGGUUACACAAACCUCGAGUGGGAAGUCGCAGCGUGCAUCCUCAUUACAGAUCGAGCACAUCAYGAGGACACUG